UAACGCUCCUCCCUGUUUACAGUCUCUUCAGCUCAGACUUUAGUCAUUUCCUCCCCUUUCACUGAUCUGAUAGUUUAAGACGGGUGUAAACACCAUGUGGUAAAAUGCGAUUGGAAAUCCCCAUGCACUGCAGAUCGGUGAACAAGCGUCAAGGAAAUACCAACAGCUUUUCUCUGGUAGCAGAAAGUGAAACUUAACUUCACUCAUCACGAGGUGAAAUGGCGCAGGCUGCAGUUUUGUUGGAUCAAGAAAAACUGACCUGUUCGAUCUGUCUGGAUCUCCUAAAGGAUCCGGUGACUAUUCCCUGUGGGCACAGCUACUGCAUGAGCUGUGUUACAAAUUUCUGGGAUGAGAAGAAAACAUACAGCUGCCCUCAGUGCAGGCAGAGCUUCAAGCCAAGGCCCGCCCUGAUGAAAAGCACUGUGUUAGCCGAGUUAGUGGAGGAACUAAAAAAAGCAGGACUUGGAGCUUCUUCACCUAAACAUUCCUAUGCAGGACCUGCAGACGUUGCCUGUGAUUUCUGUUCUGGGAGGAAGGUGAAAGCCUUCAAGUCUUGUCUGGUGUGUAUGGCCUCUUACUGUGAGCUGCACCUCCAGUCUCACUUCAACGUGGCUCCAUUAAAGAAGCACAAGCUGGUAGAAGCCACCUCAAAGCUUCAGGAGAACAUCUGCCCUCGCCACGACGAGGUGAUGAAGAUUUUCUGCCGCACUGAUCGACAGUGUAUCUGUUAUCUGUGCGCCAUGGAUGAACAUGAAGGCCACGUCACUGUCUCGGCUGCAGCAGAGAGGGCUGAGAG